CUCCCCUGAUCACGGACGAACACCCUUUCUCAACCGCGAGCCUUCCGGUCUCGAGGAUUACGCAAAAUAUCCGACUCUGUUACCGAAAGUUGACGUUAAAGUUGAGCUGUAGUUGUAAACCGAGUCAGUAACGUUACUUUAUUUUGUUUUAUCUGACGGAAUAGAGCGACCCAAGAGCGCGAUGGUGCUGAAAUCUGAAGACGGUGUCGUGCCCGACGACCUCACGCCAGAGGAGCAAAAAGAGCUGGAAAACAUCCGGCGCCGAAAGCAGGAGCUGCUGGAUGACAUUCAGCGUCUGAAGGAUGAGAUAGCCGAAGUCACCAGUGAGAUCGAGAACCUGGGCUCCACAGAGGAGAGGAAAAACAUGCAGAGGAACAAACAAGUGGCAAUGGGCCGCAAGAAGUUCAACAUGGACCCCAAAAAGGGGAUUCAGUUCCUGAUUGAAAACGACCUUCUGAAGAACACCAGUGAAGACAUCGCUCGGUUCCUCUACAAGGGCGAAGGCCUUAACAAGACUGCAAUAGGAGACUACCUGGGAGAGAGGGAUGACUUCAAUAUCCAGGUCCUUCAUGCUUUUGUGGAACUGCACGAGUUCACAGAUCUGAACCUAGUUCAGGCUCUCAGGCAGUUUCUGUGGAGUUUUAGGCUUCCUGGUGAAGCGCAGAAGAUCGACAGGAUGAUGGAGGCGUUUGCUCAGAGAUACUGCCAGUGCAACCCUGGAGUCUUUCAGUCCACAGACACGUGCUACAUUUUGUCCUUCGCCAUCAUCAUGUUAAACACCAGCCUCCACAACCCGAACGUUAAGGACAAGCCCACAGUGGAGCGCUUCAUCUCAAUGAACAGAGGCAUUAAUGACGGAGGAGACCUGCCAGAGGAGCUGCUCAGGAACCUGUACGAGAGCAUCAAGAACGAGCCCUUCAAAAUCCCAGAGGACGACGGCAAUGACCUGACACACACUUUCUUCAACCCGGACAGAGAGGGCUGGCUGCUCAAACUGGGAGGACGCGUCAAAACCUGGAAGAGGCGCUGGUUCAUUCUCACUGAUAACUGCCUUUACUACUUUGAGUACACUACUGAUAAAGAACCACGAGGCAUCAUCCCUCUAGAAAACCUCAGCAUUCGUGAAGUGGAGGACAAGAAGCCGAACUGCUUCGAGCUCUUCAUUCCUGACAAUAAGGAUCAGGUGAUCAAGGCCUGUAAGACGGAGGCGGACGGACGCGUCGUUGAGGGAAACCACACAUUCUACCGCAUCUCUGCUCCCACCGCUGAGGAGAAAGACGAGUGGAUGAACAGCAUUAAAGCGGCCAUCAGUCGAGAUCCUUUCUACGAGAUGCUGGCGGCCAGGAAGAAGAAGGUGUCGUCGAUGAAGAGACACUAGUAGAGCUGCUGAACGACUGGGAUGAGUAGAGAGAGAGAAAAACACAAGAUCAGUGACUCUUGACAGCUCUCCUCAAGAGUGUGUGUGUGUUUUGUGUGUGUGUGAAGGGAGCCGGUUGGCGUUUCCUUGCGACCGCUUCCUUGAAAGCCCCAAAGAGAACAUUUACUCCUCAUGCUUAACCAAAUCUGCUCUUUCUUUCUUCCCGUAUCUCUCCGUGUUCAUUAUCUGAAAUCAGCAGGUCUGACAGAAUGUGGGAACCAAAACGAAAGCAAAGGACGAUUUCCGUUCGCGCUUUGAUAUGUACAGGCAAUAAGUGUAUUUUUACAUCCUUUUUUAUUUUAAAAAAGCAGCUUGGCGCUCAGAGGUUUAUUCGUGUAUUUAAUUGUAAAGACAGACUUCUGUGAGUUGUAAUAGAACAACAAAAAAAAGACGACGUCAAUCUUUUCCAGAGGGGAUCUUUUUGUUGGUGUUUGUGUUUGUUUUCUAGGCAUCCCGAAGUGCGACGAAUUGAAUAUUGACAGACGUUGUGCUCAAUAAGGACGGUCAAGCACUGGUACUACCUCUCAGACAGACUCAGAUCGGAGAUUGACAGAUGGUGAUGUUUUUAUUUGAUAAGAGGUCAGUGUUCAGGCCUCUGAAUGAAACGCUGUUCAUAAGACGAAUAAAUGUGCCUAACAGUCACUCAGUGUCCGUAAAGGCUGACCUCACGCCGCGUCUACACUCAAAACAACACAUCCAGUUAUAAUCAGGCAGUCUGUUUACACUGGACACAAAAUCAGAUAUACGUGGCAACCCAUUUCUGUAACAGGAGAGCGUAAAUAAAUAAAGCAGUGGUUCCCAAACCUGUUCCUGAAGGCACACCGCACACAUUUUCAACCUCUUCUUAAUCAAACACACCUGAAUCAACUCAGAACAUAAGAAGAGACUCUAAAGCCUGAAGUUAAUAGGUCAGAAAAGGGAGACAUCCGAAAUAUGUAUUGUUGGUGGUGUGCCUCCAGGAACAGGGUUGGGAAACACUGAAAUAAAGGACACUUUUGCUGAAUCGUGUGAACACAGUCACAAUUGUGAUUCAUUUUGAAAUCUGUGGCAGAAAUGAGCUUAAAUCUGUAGUCGCUUGUUUCUGCCAGUGGAAAGAAAGGUAAGUGUAAUGCUGCGUUUACACCAGACACGGAUGAAGCGUCAAGCGCAAGUGAUUUACAUGUUAAGUCAAUGCAAAGACGCGAAUAGACAUCCUGCGGCGCAUUUGACGCUUUGUGAAUUGAGCGUUUGACGCAUUUUGAUGAUUCGCUUGAGUUGGAAAAUCUGAACUUUAGCUGACAUUCGUGCUGCAUUAACCAAUCAGGAGCAUGCUCUACUAUGAGAAAUUCUCCUGCCGACAACAGCUCAUCAAACUGGGAUCAGCUAAGUCGGAAACACUCCUGAAAGCCUCCAUCAUCAAGGUAUAGUUUCUGGAGGAGUUGAUGAACUCACUGAGCUGGGUGCACCUCUGAAAGGGUCUAGUGGACUCAGACGCAGCGCCGAACUAAUAUAAGCUGUUUUUCAGCCUUCCUAAAGCACAGCUAUCUGAAUAAAAUCCAUGUCAGUCAUUUAUUAAUGAAGCUUGAGUCAGUGGGCAGACAGAAGCCCCGCCCCCAUGACGCGAAUCCGGGUCUAUUGUGAAGUGAAUUUGACGCACGAAUGAAGCGAGUAAACUCUAAAUGUACACGUGUCUUUUUACAUGUGAAUAUCGUGAUUUAUUCGCGCAUGCAUCGUCUGGUGUGAACCCAGCAUCACCAUUUCUUCUCGCAAUUAUACACUUUGUUUCUUACGAAUUCGACUUUGAUGGUUAAAAAACGUAGAAUUGUUACAAACUUUGUAUUUACAUAAUAUAUGUGAGUGUACUGUGCAUAUUUAUAACACAAAUAUAAAUACACACACAUGUAUAUACUCUAAACAUUUACAUUUAUGGUAAUGUUUACAUUUAAUUUGGUUUUAGAUAUACAUUUGUAUAUCUAGACCACAAAACCAGUCUUGUUUAACCAAUAAUACCACGUUUUUACCAAAAAUACAUGGUGUGAUUUUUCAUUUAUGCCAAAAAAAGUCAUAUUUUUUUGUCAAUUUCCUAAUUGUUUAUUUGAAUCCUCAGACUUUCGAAUUUUUCUAGCAAAUCUUGUCCCAUCACAUUGGAAAGUGACGUAUAAAUCUCAAUUUUUUAAAAAAGUACGCUUUUUACUGGUUUUGUGGCCGGCGAUCACAUAUAUAUAUGUAUAAACAAACAUUUUCAAUACUUGUAUAUAUUUAAACAUGGGUGUAUGUAUUCAAAGACUAUAGAAUACACAAGACAUGUCACUUGUAUACUUUUGAAUGGGGAAAAGUGUCACUGUCAUGAUGGCGAUUGAAACCUCGCCUUCUAGUACAGGAGCCAAUCAGUGAUCGCUAUAUGGUGAAUAAAGCCCGCUAUAGAAUGACAGUUCUGGGGCUCGGACCAGACGUGAGUUUCUGCAGAUUUUGGUGAUACGAACAUUUACAAAUGAAACUAAAUAGACAGUUGUUGUUUAAUCUUAUUGGUUAUUCGUAAUAUGUAAUGUUAUCGUAAGCUUGGCUAGUAGUUUUGGAGAAUUUGAUGUUUCCCCAUUCAAACAGAAUGCCCGAGCAUACUGCCCAAGAGGCGUUUCAAAGAUGUCCGCCAAGUGAAAUGACUUGCCUUAAAGGGACUAUGAUGCAUUUCUACACAACUAAAUAUACAUAGUACACACAAAAUUAUUAUGUAAAUCACAACUGUUAUUUUGUAUUCGAUUAGUCAUGAUUGUUUAAAAAAAGCGCUACUUUUAAGCGCUACCUCCGACAGGGACAAAUUGAAAAUAAAUGCCUCAUUAGAAGCCGUUUCUAUAGGCUAACAAUUCAAGUCGUCCGCCAUAUUGGAACAGUCAAAGCCAGUCUAUGGUGUUUCUGAAUGUACGUUGACCUGCAGCUGUAUUUAUACACAUGUAUUAUUAUCUAUAUCUGCGAUAGACUUCAGCUGAUGGUUUAGACCAGGGGUGUCCAAACUCAGUCCUGGAGGGCCGGUUUCCUACAGAUUUUAGCUUCAAUUUGUCUCAACACACCUGCAUGGAUGUUUCUAGAAUAAGAAAUAAGAGCUUGAUUAGCUAGCCCAGGGGUGUCUGAUUGGGGUUUGAGCUAAAAUCUGCAGGACACCGGACCUCCAGGACUGAGUUUGGGUACCCCUGGUUUAGCCCAAUCACAAAUAAAUAUCUGUAUCUCCAAUACAUUAAACACAAAUUCAAUAAAUCAAGUUGAGACAAAAAAAAAAACCCAUCAACAUGACAUUACGUUUUUUAAAAAUUUGUAAUAUUGAGUCAAACACAAAGCAACAUUGAGAUAUUCUUCCAUUUUGUAGCAUUUUUAAACUCUAAAACGUUACACAUCUGCCUAGAGUUUUACAAUGAGUGAUGGCGUGUUGACUGUUCCAAGAUGGCUGAUUUAUCUACAUGUGUUACUGGUGUAGAUGCGGUCAGUCAGUCCUCAGUGCCUGCUCACGUUUUUCCACUCGCUGUUUCUUUUGUCCCUUCAUUUCUCGGCUUUCCAUCAGUCUAGCUUUUAUUCUUGGAGCGAAAUAUUAAAGCUACGCAGUAUUGGUUUAAUUUAUCAAAGAUGUACAUACUUUAGUGUAUAGAGAAUAUUGGUUUCCAUUUUAUAAAUAUGUGUAGUCGAGUGCCAUUCUUUAAUUUUCCUUUUUUAUUAGUAUUAUUUUCUGGAGGUCGAUGCCAUUGUAGUGGUUGCCAGAUCAUGCUGAAUUAAACAUAUAUUAUAGCA